UUGAGGCAGACUUUUUUCUAGGCCUAGAGAAGAUUCAUCGACUAACGAGCUCAACACGCUAUCAACUCCUGAUUCGCAUGGAAUACUUCAAUGGGACAAUACGAUACGCUGGCUACGAUAAUUUUAAAGUUGACAACAAUGAAACGGACUACACAUUGAGCAGUUUGGGUCAAUAUUCUAGCGAUAAAGACGAUCAAUUCUGGGGCGGCGACCAUUUGCGAUGGCAUGAGGGCAUGAAAUUCUCAACGUUCGACAACGAGAAUGAUCUGUGGAAUAAGGAGUGUGCAAAGAUUCAUAAAGGAGGAUGGUGGUUCAAUCGUUGCACAGCUAGCAAUUUAAAUGGAUUAUACUCAGUGAUGGACGGCAGUAAAUACGCACGAAUGUUUUGGUUAGACUAUUUGCCUCUCAAGAGUGUCCAAAUGAUGAUACGAAAAUAUCAACCAUUGUAA